CACAGAGGCAGGAAGUGGCGAGGGCGGGGCCGGUGCUGAAUGUCGGAGGCAGGAGGAGGCCUGCUUUGCUAAGAUGCUGCUCGAUUUGUCCGAGGAGCAUAAGGAGCACCUGGCCUUCCUACCGCAAGUGGAUAGCGCAGUGGUCGCCGAGUUCGGGAGGAUCGCGGUGGAGUUCCUCCGACGGGGAUCUAACCCGAAGAUCUACGAAGGCGCCGCCAGAAAACUCAAUGUGAGUAGUGACACUAUCCAGCAUGGUGUGGAAGGAUUGACAUAUCUUCUUACUGAGAGCUCCAAGCUCAUGAUUUCUGAACUGGAUUUCCAAGACUCUGUUUUUGUCCUGGGAUUCUCUGAAGAACUGAAUAGAUUAUUGCUUCAGCUUUACCUGGACAACAGAAAGGAGAUCAGAACUAUUCUGAAUGAGUUGACACCUCGUCUUCCCAGUUACCAUAGUCUUGAAUGGCGACUAGACGUACAACUUGCAAGCAGAAGUCUCCGGCAACAGAUUAAACCAUCAGUGACUGUAAAGCUGCACCUUGAUCAGAAUGGCGACCACAGCACCCAUCUUUUGCAGACAGACCCAGCUACCCUGCUUCAUUUGGUUCAACAGCUGGAGCAAGCGCUGGAGGAAAUGAAGACAAGCCACUGCAGGAGAGUAGUCCGCAGCAUCAAGUAGCCUCGAGGUGCAGGUGGUGAUCCAGGGAUGGCUGGAGUACAUCUGGAUUUCAUGAACUUCCUUUUCUGGUUCAGGAUGUUGAAAUCUUGAUUGAACAACAAUCAGAACAGUUUCUUUCUGGUGCUAAAUGCAGUCAGCUUCUUCACAAAUUGAAAAGUAUUUUGUAUUUUAAGUGUAUAAGUAGAAUGGACUUAACUAAAACGAAUCUAUACUGUUCAUGUCUUCUAUGUAUCUGUGAUUCUCCUGGAAUAACGUUCACGUCUUCUGUGUAUACGUGAUUCUCCUGAAAUAUUGUUCAUGUCUUCUGUGUAUAUGUGAUUCUCCUGGAAUAAUGUUCACGUCUUCUGUGUAUACGUGAUUCUCCUGGAAUACUAUUCAUGUCUUCUGUGUAUAUGUGAUUCUCCUGGAAUACUGUUCACGUCUUCUGUGUAUACGUGAUUCUCCUGGGAUACUAUUCAUGUCUUCUGUGUAUAUGUGAUUCUCCUGGAAUACUGUUCAUGUAUUCCAUGUACAUGGGACUCAACUCUCCUGGCUUGGGUAUUUUUUUGUCAGUUUUAUUUUCUUUUUCCUUGAUCAAAAGUUGAAAAUAAGAUUCACUGUUACUACUUAGAACUAUUUCUAGAUAGUUCAGUAUCUUUUACUUCUAAAAGCACUGUACACUUAUAGCCAUAGAAAAAGGUAAAUAGGAUUUUUACAAGAUUGUGUAUAUUGUUACAGGUAACUUAUAUAUUCUUGUUUGUAUAUGAAGAUGGCAAAUAGCAAUGGUACCAUACUGGGGCUAAUCGAUUUAAGUGAUAUACAAAUUUCUGUGGUCCUGUCAUGCAUUUUAUCAGGGACUAAUUUCCCACAUUC